GUUCAGCUCGUCCCCAGGCCAGGAGCUACUAUGGGUAACAUGUAUGCACCACCAGGUUGGGAGAUCCGCCAUAAGUACAAGUACAAGGAUGACAGUGAUGAAGACAAGGGCAGCUCCGGUGGACAGGCAGCAGCCUUCACCUACCCAGCCGGACUGGGACCAGUUCUGAUGAACGGCUGCUUCGGGACCGGCUAUAAGAAUGGGGAUCCAUGUUUUCAGGCCAAGAUACCGAAAUCAGACUGCCCCAACUUGAUAGAUGGUGCGACCUACCUCGGCGUUGGCUUUGACGGGAGGGGCGUGUACUCAGCAGAAUCCAGGAAAAAAAGCGUCAUUCAGCGAUCCUGCAGCAAUCUGCAAACAUACGGCGAUCAUGAGGUACCGGAUUCCAUGACUGUGCAAGGCAUAUAUGACACCAAUGUGGAGUCAUUCACCUUCAGCUCAACAGAAGAAUACAGGCAAUACUUGGAGGAAAAAUCGGCCAUCACAUCUGCAAAGGCCAUGUUCCAGGAAGAAAUCAACAAGGCGUCAGGACACGGGGCAUGGAGCGGAGCAUUUGGCAUUGGUUGGUCAGCGGGGGGAGGAGGAGCCAGUCAAAGAGGCACAUCCAGCCAAUCAUCGACGGCCAAUGCCGCCUCCUCUGCUGGCGCUCAGCUGACUGAACAACAGACACAACUUUUCUGA